CCUACCUUUUACUUAUAUCUUUUGUAGGAAAACGCAAUGGAUUCAUUAGUGGAGCGUGUCAAACAACUUGCCAAGGUAUCAUCCUCAAUUCUAUUGGUGGUGUGGGCAUGUUUGUAUUGUAUGUAAUAGUAUUCUUUAUUUUACUUCAGUAUCUUCAUUUCAUUCAGAUUCCACUUAUUAUUAUCGCGCGUAUCUUGGUGCUCUUUUGUCAUAUGCCAUUGUUAGUUAUAAAUCCAUUGGUAUGCCUAAACAAUGGCAUCUUGAUAUUUUUAGAAAUGAAAACAUACAAUAUUUUGCCCUUGCUUUUUAUUGGUAUUCUUAUCAACCAGUGACAGUGACAUUGGUGCCUUAUUUUGUAUUUUCUAUCUUUCAUGCAUUUGGAUAUAUUCGAAGUACGAUUAUUCCAGUAUUGUUUCCAGCAGAUCAAAAUCCAUGGAUUGCCCAAUUAUGUGAUACCAUCAAGUCCUAUACAGAUCAAUAUCAUGAAACAGCUAUGCAAAUAUCAGCUUAUGUUGAAGUAAUGAUUGUGAUUCCUCGAUUACUUUUAGGUGUUUUAUUAUUCCGUACUUCUAUUUUAGCCUUAAUUAUCUUUAGUCAUUUUCUUCGAUUACGUUAUUAUUUAUCACCUCAUACACAACAAGCUGUAUUCCAAUCUACUUUGUUUUUAGAUCAUUGGUUAUUACCACCUACCAAAGAUCCAAGGAUUCCACCAUGGUUAUCAAAACUUUAUUUCAAUCUUAGGGCAAUGAUUGUAAGGUAUGCAAGUGCGACUGGUUCGGUCACUUCUAGUUGUAUUCUUUUAUUAUUAGGAUCAUCAUUGACCAGUUUUGCCAUCAAUCCUGCAGAAUGGUAUAAAGCAAAUCCAGGGAUGGCAAAGAUUGGACCAGUGAAAAAUCAUCAAAUCACAGAUAUUCAUGGUCGUGUUCGAUUCUUCCAUGGUACCAAUGUUGUCAAAAAGGAAGCUCCAUGGUAUCGUUCUUUUGACUUUAAACCUGGUGAUUCAUUUGGAUUGCAAGAUGUACAGAAUUUACAACGUCUUGGUAUCAAUGCUGUUCGUUUGGGUCAUCAUUGGGCAGGAAGUGAGCCUGUACGUGGUCAAUAUAAUACCACGUUCCUAGAUAUUAUGAAACAACAAACUCAGUUGGCGAAUGAUCAUGGUAUUUAUAUCCUUGUGGAUGUUCAUCAAGAUGUUCUUGCUCAACAAUUUUGUGGACAUGGUGUACCAAGUUGGUUUGUCAAAACGGAUUGGGUACCAUCCUAUAAACGAUUCCCAGUACCACAAAAAUUAACACCAUUUACCACCAAUGAUCAAGGGAUACCAUCAUCAAGUGAUUGUAGUAGUUUGGAAUGGGAUUUGUCCUAUCUGACAGUAGCGGUGGCUAAUGCGUUUGGCCGAUUGUACAACAACUAUGAUGGAUUAGGGGAUGCAUUUGCUCUUUAUUGGAAACAAUUGGCCAGUCAAUAUGUGGAUACACCCAACAUCUUAGGCUACAAUUUAUUGAAUGAACCAUGGGUAGGUGAUCAAUGGGCUGAUCCAACGUUACUUGUCCCUGGGGUGGCUGAUCACAAGACGAUGGAAGCAUUAUGGAACCGAGCUGCCACCCAGAUCCGCAACGUAGACAAUAACACGUUGAUCUGGUUCGAAGGAAGCACAUUUGACAUUAAAUCGGGUUUCAACAACGUGCCAUUAGGAGAUGGGAGCAAGACCGUCCAAUCCUUUCACUAUUAUCGACCACCUCAGAUUGGCGCCAUCACCACCACAUUGGCCAAUCGUGCCGAUGACAGCAAGCGAUUGAACACCGCGGCUGUGAUGACGGAAUUUACCAUGUGGAUGGGUGAUCAGAGUCAGAUGGAUGGCAUCCAGACCGCUGUGAAUGCUGCCGAUGAUUAUAUGGUGUCAUGGAUGGGCUGGGCUUAUGAAAACUUGUACGAUGCCAAUGGCACCAUGUAUGCUGCUCUUGCCAAACAUUACAGUCGCGCUUACCCACAGGCCAUCAGUGGUACUCCUGACAAAUUCACUUUUAAUACCACCGAUAGCUCCUUCUCCUUGGUCUUCCAUGCUGAUCCAACCAUAGAUGCCCCUACAGAACUGAUCUUGCCCAAGGAUACUUUCCCCAAUGGUUACAAUGUUUCUUUUACCCCUGCCGAUGCUCUUGUUCCUUAUGCUCUGGAUGAUCAACGUACCUUGGCCCUCUUCACUCAACCAUCCAUCCAAUCUGGUCAAGCCAUCUCUAUCUCUAUCACAAAAAAAUAG